AUGGGGCUUCAAAAGAAGAAUCGUACAAAGUCUUCAUCAUCAUCAGCACCAAAUGAAGAUACUCCUCUAUUGGGUGGCCAUUAUCAACCACUUUCCUCCAAAACCAAAACCUUUGCAAAUAUCUUCAUAGCCAUUGUUGGUGCAGGUGUUCUUGGCCUUCCUUACUGUUUCAAAAAAACGGGUUGGAUAUUAGGGCUAAUUAUGCUCUUUACCGUGGGCUUCUUCACACAUUAUUGCAUGAUACUCCUCGUCCAAACGCGGCGCAAACUCGAAUCAUCUUUUUCCCACACUAUCUCCAGAGGAUCCUCGAAGAUCAAUUCAUUUGGUGACUUAGGCUAUGCUAUAUGGGGACCUUUUGGCAAAUCGUUUGUGGAUUUCAUGAUUGUGCUUUCGCAAUUCAGUUUUUGUGUUGGUUAUCUUAUUUUCGUAUCGACCACUCUCGCCUACCUCUCAAAAUAUGAUUCAAUUCUUGGUUUGACGCCCAAGGUGUUGAUCCAUUGGGCUUGUUUCCCAUUUCAGCUUGCCCUAAAUGCAAUUCCAACCCUAACCCAUUUGGCUCCUUUGAGCAUUUUUGCCGAUAUUGUUGAUUUCGCGGCAAAAAGUGUUGUGAUGAUUGAGGAUGUCUUCAUAUGCUUUGAGAAUAGGCCUAAUUUGAAGGCCUUUGGUGGAUUCCCUAUGUUCUUCUAUGGUAUUGGUGUUGCGGUUUAUGCUUUUGAAGGAAUAGGGAUGGUUUUACCAUUGGAAUCUGAGGCCAAAGAUAAGGAAAAGUUUGGUGAUGUUUUGGGUUUGGCAAUGAUGUUAAUUUCUAUAUUGUAUGGUUCAUUUGGUGCAUUAGGUUACUUUGCUUUUGGUGAUGAGACACAAGAGAUUAUAACUACAAAUUUUGGGCAAGGGCUAAUUAGUGAUUUGGUGCAAUUUUGUCUUUGCAUCAAUUUAUUCUUUACUUUUCCAUUGAUGAUGAAUCCUGUUUAUGAGGUUAUUGAGGGUAGGUUUUGUGAUUCUAGGUAUUGUUUGUGGAUGAGGUGGUUGAUGGUGUUAGGGGUAAGUUUGGUAGCAAUUUUUGUACCUAAUUUUACAGAUUUUCUAUCUCUUGUUGGGAGUAGUGUUUGUGUUAUUCUUAGUUUUGUGAUGCCUGCUUUGUUUCACUUAGUUGUGUUUAAAGAGGAAUUAGGUUUGAAGUGUGUGGUAAGAGAUGGGGUAAUUAUGUUUUUUGGAUUUGUUAUUGCUGUUUCAGGAACAUGGUCUUCUCUAUUAGAGAUUUUUGAGAAUGACGUUUGA